AUGGAGAAGAUCCAAUUUCUCUUCGAUGGCGUUCAGGACAGCAGGGGUGUGUGGUUUGGGCGAGACCGUUUAAGAAGUCACCUCAUCGAUUUUCACUCGCCUUCUACAGCAAGAUUUCUUGAUGGCCACCACUGCGGAUUUUCGCGUGGCAAAGACACCACAUUGUUCGCUUCAGCAAACGAGGGCUUCGCGGAGAGCCAAUGGGCGGUGCGGUGA